AUGAGGGUGAAGAUAAGAGACGAAUACAAACUUGGACUCAUCGCAAACUGUGUAAACGCGAACCGCAGGAGGCUCGUCUCUGUACUUGGGCAUGUCAUCACCGCCAGUGAAGACCACACCAUAUCAUCACUAAUUUUGCCACCAAAGGUAAUUGUACCUGGGGUGUCGAUCACUAGCACCUGUGAGCUUUGGCGUCGGAGACGAGGCGAGGCGCGGCGCGGCGUCGGACUCACUGUCUGCCGUCGAGGCGUCGGACUCAGAGGUGAGAACUUGGGAGAGGCUGGAGGCAUGACCCAGCACAAUGUUGGAGCUUUGGUGGUGGUUAAACCAGGGGAGAAGAAGUUGAUUGCAAGAAUUAUCACUGAAAGAGAAAUAUCCUUAGCUAGGCAGUAUAAUGUCAUAGAUCAAGGUUAA